CUGGCAGUGACGUCAAGAUGUGUAUAGUCCAGCCAAGAUGGCUGACAGCAUCCCACUAAACCCGAUGCGGAAGGGCUCGGAAAAAAUUGCUUAUUACAACACUGCAAGACAUUCUAGGUAUUCUUUAGAAGAUGAACCCUCUAACUUGGACGAAAUGCCCCUGAUGAUGUCUGAGGAAGGUUUUGAGAAUGAUGAGAGUGACUACCACACCCUGCCUCGGGCCAGGGUCAACCAGAGACAGAGAGGCCUGGGGUGGCUUCUCAUGGGAGGCUGGAAGAUCCUCUGUGGCAGCUGCUGUGACUGCUUGGCUCGUAUGUGUCGGAGGACGAAGGAGUUGAAAGCCCGGACAGUGUGGCUGGGCCACCCGGAGAAGUGUGAGGAGAAGUACCCCAAGAACGCCAUCAAAAACCAGAAGUACAACUUCUUCACCUUUGUGCCUGGGGUUCUCUACCAGCAGUUCAAGUUCUUCCUGAACCUGUACUUUCUAGUGGUGGCCUGCUCCCAGUUCGUGCCAGCCCUAAAAAUAGGGUACUUGUACACCUACUGGGCACCUCUGGGCUUUGUGAUGGCUGUUACAAUGGUACGUGAGGCUGUGGACGAGGUCCGACGGUACCAGAGGGACAAGGAGAUGAACUCCCAGCUCUACAGCAAGCUCACAGUGCGAGGUAAAGUUCAAGUGAAGAGUUCUGACAUACAAGUUGGAGAUCUCAUCAUAGUUGAAAAGAACCAAAGGAUCCCUGCAGAUAUGAUAUUUCUAAGGACAUCAGAGAAGACUGGUUCAUGUUUCAUCAGGACGGACCAAUUAGAUGGCGAGACCGACUGGAAAUUGAAAGUUGCUGUUGUUUGCACACAAAGACUACCUGCUCUGGGGGACCUCUUUUCCAUCAAUGCUUAUGUCUAUGCCCAGAAGCCUCAGCUGGACAUCCACAGUUUUGAGGGAAACUUCACAAGGGAAGACGGUGACCCACAAAUCCAUGAGAGUUUGAGCAUUGACCACACCCUUUGGGCCAGCACUAUUGUGGCAUCUGGCACAGUGAUAGGGGUGGUGAUCUACACAGGAAAAGAGACCAGGAGUGUACUGAACACGUCCUCGCCCAAGAAUAAGGUGGGUCUGCUGGACCUGGAGCUGAACCGCCUUACCAAGGCUCUGUUCCUGGCACAGGUGGUCCUGUCUAUUGUCAUGGUAGCGCUGCAGGGCUUUGUGGGCCCCUGGUUUCGCAACCUGUUCCGCUUCAUCGUGCUAUUCUCCUACAUCAUCCCCAUCAGCUUGCGUGUCAAUCUGGACAUGGGGAAGUCGGCCUACGGUUGGAUGAUCAUGAAAGAUGAAAACAUCCCUGGUACUGUGGUACGGACCAGUACCAUUCCUGAGGAGCUGGGCCGCCUGGUGUACCUACUGACUGACAAAACAGGCACUCUGACACAGAACGAGAUGAUCUUCAAGCGGCUGCACCUGGGGACAGUGUCCUAUGGGACGGACACCAUGGACGAGAUACAGAGCCAUAUAGGGCAGUCAUACGCACAGCCGAGCUCCCAGACCCAGCAGUCCAACAGCAGCACCAGCUCCACCCCAUCCAGGAAGCCCCAGCCAGCCCAGGCCCCCAAGGCGGUGGCCCCCAAGGCGGCGGCCCCCAAGGUCCGCAGGAGCGUCAGCAGCCGUAUCCACGAGGCAGUGAAGGCCAUCGCGCUGUGCCACAACGUCACGCCCGUCUACGAGUCCCGCGCCAACGGGGAGACGGAGUCCACUGCCGCCGAGGCCGACCAGGACUUCAGCGACGACAACCGCACCUAUCAGGCCUCCAGCCCUGACGAGGUGGCGCUGGUGCGGUGGACGGAGAGCGUAGGGCUGACUCUGGUGAACAGGGACCUGACCUCCCUGCAGCUGAAGACCCCAGCAGGACAGGUCCUAACCUACUACAUUCUGCAGAUCUUCCCCUUCACCUCAGAGAGCAAGAGGAUGGGCAUCAUCAUCAGGGAGGAGACCACAGGUGACAUCACGUUUUAUAUGAAGGGUGCUGAUGUUGCCAUGGCGAGUAUCGUGCAGUACAAUGAUUGGCUGGAGGAGGAGUGUGGGAACAUGGCCAGGGAGGGGCUUCGGACCCUGGUGGUGGCUAAGAAAUCUCUGUCUGAAGAGCAGUAUACAGACUUUGAGAACCGUUUCAACCAGGCCAAGCUGAGUAUCCAUGACCGGGCUCUGAAGGUGGCAGCAGUGGUAGAGAGUCUGGAGAGGGAGAUGGAGCUUCUGUGUUUGACUGGGGUUGAGGACCAACUACAGGCUGAUGUUAGGCCAACCCUGGAGCUCCUCAGAAACGCUGGGAUCAAGAUAUGGAUGCUUACUGGGGAUAAGCUGGAGACAGCUACUUGUAUCGCUAAAAGCUCCCAUUUGGUGUCCAGAAGCCAAGAUAUUCAUGUAUUCAGAUCGGUCUCCAACAGAGGAGAGGCCCAUCUGGAGCUCAAUGCCUUCAGAAGGAAACACGACUGUGCUCUGGUUAUCUCUGGAGACUCCUUGGAGGUGUGUCUGCGGUACUAUGAGCAUGAGUUUGUGGAGCUGGCGUGUCAGUGUCCGGCGGUAGUCUGCUGUCGCUGCUCCCCCACUCAGAAAGCCCAGAUCGUCCACCUGCUCAAGCAGCACACAGCCAACAGAACCUGUGCCAUAGGUGAUGGAGGUAAUGAUGUCAGUAUGAUCCAGGCAGCAGACUGUGGUAUCGGCAUUGAAGGAAAGGAGGGGAAGCAGGCAUCCCUGGCGGCAGAUUUCUCAAUCACUCAGUUUAAGCACAUUGGCCGGCUGCUUAUGGUCCAUGGCCGGAACAGCUACAAGCGUUCAGCAGCCCUGGGCCAGUUUGUCAUGCACCGAGGCAUGAUCAUAUCAACCAUGCAGGCAGUGUUUUCCUCCAUUUUCUACUUUGCAUCAGUCCCUUUGUACCAGGGUUUUCUCAUGGUUGGGUAUUCUACCAUCUACACUAUGUUCCCUGUAUUUUCCCUGGUGCUGGACCAGGACGUGAAGCCAGAGAUGGCCCUGCUGUACCCUGAGCUUUACAAAGACCUCACCAAGGGUCGUUCCUUGUCUUUCAAGACUUUUCUCAUUUGGGUGUUAAUCAGUAUUUACCAAGGUGGCAUCCUGAUGUACGGUGCACUGGUGUUGUUUGAGUCUGAGUUUGUGCAUGUGGUGGCCAUCUCCUUCACUGCGCUGAUCCUCACCGAGCUGCUCAUGGUGGCGCUCAACAUCCGUACCUGGCACUGGCUCAUGGUGCUAGCAGAGUUCCUCAGUCUGGGCUGCUACAUAGCCUCGCUUGCCUUCCUCAAUGAGUACUUCGGCAUAGGCAGCGUGUCCUUUGGAGCAUUUCUGGACCUGGGUUUCAUCACGACACCAGCCUUCCUUUGGAAGGUGUCAGUGAUCACCAUCGUCAGCUGUCUCCCUCUCUAUAUCAUCAAAUACCUGAAGCGCAAGUUCUCACCGCCCAGCUACUCCAAGCUGUCCUCAUGAGCCAUUUUAAGCUCUAUCCUGCUUACACAACUCCCCUAAUUAUCUUUCUUACGCUCUCUAUGAUCCAACCUUUCAUUUCAGCACUUUUUUUACUGAUCCACAGUGAUUGACAGACAGGGAACCUAAAGAGGUCACUAGAAGCAAAAACAUGAAUAGAGUAUUGUAUGGAUUUAUGUCACUGGAAUGUGGUAAUACUUGUAAAGACAGUGCAACACAUGUUAAAAAGGGACAGGGAAGGGGUAAAAACAGAACAAAUAACCCUUUGAUGCACUGGACAGGAAGGCUUGGGUCAAUUUGCCUUCUGUUUAAAUGCACUUCCAACCAAA